UGUCACAAGUUCCAAAGACCGACGAUAGGCACAUGGUGGCAUCAUAACCUCUGCCGUUCCAUAUUUUCUCACGUUAAUAAUUUAAAAAACCGUAUUAGUAAGGCGAAACCUGCGAAAAUGAGUAUAAAACUCGUUGUAAAUGCUGAGGACCUCCCACUGGGAGCUCUUAUUGCAUCAGAAGUAAUUAAUUUGAAGAGGAAAGGAGAAAUCACUGUGGAAUUCUCAAAGGAGUUGAAAUCCUCAACGAAUAUUCAGUUGUCGGUGGAGGGGAAGAUCCUCUGCGAGAGUAGCACUGAAAUCAGUCGGUUUCUAGCCAGGACUGUUGACACUGAUCUUUAUGGUGGUGAGAACGCCCUUGACAGAACCCAAGUGGACAGCUGGAUCACGUUCUCCCUGAGCUGCCUGUCUUCCCCAGAAUCUAGAGAUUCCUCUCUGGAUUAUCUGGACAAGGCCCUAGUGACUAGAACCUGGCUUGUAUCAAAGAGGCUCACCCUGGCCGACAUUUUCAUCUUCUCCACCCUGAGGACACAGUCCUACACUCCAGCCUCUUCUCCGACACACUGCAACAUUAAUCGCUGGUUCAAGGAGAUGUCCUCCCUACCAUCAGUCCAGAAGUACUCGUCUCUUCUGAAGACAGGCUCCCCAAAAUCCAUUAAGGUGGCCUCAAACGAAACCCCCCGAGUAGAAGGUAGAAAACAAGAGGGUAAAUUUAUCGAUCUGCCCGGGGCAGAGGAGGGUAAAGUUGUUGUACGUUUUCCACCUGAGGCCAGUGGUUACCUCCACAUUGGGCAUGCUAAAGCCGCUCUCCUGAACGCCCACUAUGCAGAGACCUUUAAAGGACAAUUGAUCAUGAGAUUCGAUGACACCAAUCCAGCUAAAGAAAACGCGGGAUUCGAACAGGCCAUCCUGAAGGAUUUGCAGCUGCUGGAGAUCAAGCCAGACAGGUUUACCUACAGCUCUGAUUACUUCGAUCUGAUGCUGAAAUAUUGCGAGCAGUUGAUCAAGGAUUGGAAGGCCUUCGUCGAUGAUACCCCUGCUGAGACAAUGAAAGAGCAGCGGGAAAAGAGAUUACCUUCGACAAAUCGUCACAAUUCAGUGGAGAAGAAUCUGGAGUUAUGGAAAGAGAUGCAGCAAGGGUCUCAGAGGGGCCAGGAGUGUUGUGUCAGGGCUAAAAUCGAUUAUGAAUCUGUCAAUGGAUGCAUGAGGGAUCCCACGAUCUAUCGUUGCAAACCUGAACACCACCCAAGAACAAAGCACAAGUACAAGGUCUAUCCUACUUAUGAUUUUGCUUGUCCCAUUGUGGAUGCCGUAGAGAAUGUCACACAUACGUUGAGGACAACUGAGUACCAUGACAGAGACGAACAGUUUUACUGGUUCGUCGAGGCUUUAGGCUUGAGGAGACCCUAUAUCUGGGCAUACUCCAGGCUCAAUAUGACGCAUACAGUGCUGUCCAAGAGAAAACUGACCUGGUUUGUGGAUAAUGGGUAUGUUAAUGGAUGGGAUGAUCCAAGAAUGCCCACGGUCAGGGGCAUGCUCAAGCGGGGCCUCACGGUGGAGGGGCUGAAACAGUUCAUCCUGGCUCAGGGCAGCUCCAGGUCAGUGGUGUACAUGGAGUGGGAUAAGAUCUGGAGUAUCAAUAAGAAGGUUGUGGAUCGUACAGCGAGCAGAUAUACUGGAUUGAACAAGGAUGAGCUGAUCCCCGUUCAUGUCAGUGGAGCCACUGAAACCCUAUUAACUGUUCAGAACCACCCAAAAGACCCGUCAAAAGGUACCAAGGACGUGAGGACAGGUCCAUUGGUUCUAAUUGAGAGGACUGAUGCUGAAACUCUCAAAGAGGGACACAACGCUACCUUCAUCAACUGGGGAAAUCUCAUGAUUGAGAGCAUCAAGAAAGAGAAUGGAGUCAUUACAUCAGUCAAUGCUAAACUCAAUACUGAUAAUAAAGAUUAUAAGAACACGGUGAAGCUCACGUGGUUGCCUGCCACGAGUGACUCCCAGGGAAUCUGCACUACUGGGUUGAUUAAUUUUUCUGUUUUCUAUUUCGAACACAUUAUCACUAAGGCAGUCUUAGGAAAGGACGAUGAUUUUAAGGAUUUCGUGAACAAGGAUACGAUGAAAGAAGUGGCACUUCUUGGUGAACCCGCGUUGAAACGCGUGCAGUGCGGUGAGAUAAUUCAGCUGCAACGAAAGGGCUUCUUCCGUUGUGAGAGACCCUACGAUGAAAUCUCACCAUUCAGCGGUCGUCAACAACCCGUCGUCUUCUUCCACAUCCCCGAUGGGCACGCAACUGCGUCCACCUUGGAGUCAGGCCCACGGGCAGCGAAGAAAACUGCUGUCGAUGAUUCAAGUAACAAGGACCUUGGGGAGAUAAUAAAGAGCAUCGAAGUCCAAGGAAAUAAAAUUCGCGAUCUGAAAGCCGCUAAAUCAGAUAAGAGUGUGAUUGAUUCUGAAGUUCAGAAACUGUUAGCACUCAAAGCUGAGUAUAAACAAAUUGCUGGGAGUGAUUGGAAGCCUGGGGUGAAAGCCCCGGCGUCAACUUCUGGCCCAGCACCUACCAAAGACCUCGCACAAAUAAUAAAAAGCAUUGAAGUUCAAGGAAAUAAAAUUCGCGAUCUGAAAACCGCUAAAUCCGAUAAGAGUGUGAUUGACCUUGAGGUGCAAAAACUGUUGGCAUUCAAAGCUGAGUAUAAACAAGUUGCUGGGAAUGAUUGGAAGCCUGGAGUAACAGCUCCAUCAGCAAGUACCCCAGUGCCAUCUACUGCCUCAUCAUCCCCAAAGGAUCUUCUGACACUGUACAAUAAGGUAACCGAACAAGGUGAUAAAGUACGAACCCUGAAAACUGCAAAAGCUGAUAAGAAAACAGUAGACGAAGCGGUGAAACUCCUACUAGCCAUGAAGAAGGACUACAAAGAUGCUUCUGGAAAGGAUUGGAAGCCCAACGAGGCCCCAAAGUCCGCAUCCUCAAACGAUCCUGAAAACCUUUCCAAAAAAAUCAAAGAACAGACAGCGAUGAUUGAGGAACAGAUGAAGUUGCUUACAUCCCUGAAGUCUCAAUUCCAAUCAGCAACUGGCAAGGAAUGGUCCAUCUCAAGUCCGUCAUCGUCACAGACCCCGGCUGACGAACUUAGCAAGAGAAUUCAGGAACAAGGAGACAAAGUGAGGAAACUCAAAUCCGAGAAAGCAGAGAAGAAAAUUGUCGAUGAAGCGGUUCAGCUUCUGCUGUCCCUGAAAGCAGAGUACAAGACUCAGACAGGGGAAGAGUGGAAGGGAUUAAAUACGAUACCAGUGAAACAAGACAAACCGUCCUCGAGUAAAGCUGACGAACUGUCUCAGCGAAUUGCUCAGCAAGGGGACAAAGUUCGCCAGUUAAAAUCGAGCAAAGCUGAGAAGGCAGUAAUUGACGAACAAGUGAAGACUCUCCUUCAACUGAAAGCAGAGUAUAAGACAGCAACUGGAGACGAUUGGAAGCCAGCUACGGAGCCAGGUAAGAAGGCAACAAAAGCUCAAGAAAAAUCCAAGAAGGACAAGCCCAAAGAAGACAAGAAGCAGGACAAGAAGGAGCCCGCAAAGACAGGAACUCGAUUAGGUCUUGAAGCUAAAAAAGCUGAGAAUCUUCCAGACUGGUUCUCCCAGGUUAUCACUAAAGGCGAGAUGAUCGAGUACUCCGACAUAUCUGGGUGCUAUAUCCUUCGUCCAUGGAGCUUUAGCAUCUGGGAGGCCAUCAGAGAUUUCUUCGAUGGAGAAAUUAAAAAACUUGGGGUGGAGAACAGUGCAUUCCCCAUGUUCGUUUCGAAAGCAGCUUUAGAACGUGAGAAGAAUCACAUAGCUGAUUUUGCUCCUGAGGUAGCAUGGGUGACGAAGAGUGGAGAUUCCGAGCUCGCUGAGCCCAUUGCCAUCAGGCCAACAUCUGAGACUGUCAUGUACCCGUUCUAUGCCAAGUGGAUCAAAUCUCACCGAGAUCUUCCUCUGAAAUUGAAUCAGUGGAAUAGCGUUGUCAGGUGGGAGUUCAAGCAUCCCCAGCCCUUCCUCAGGACUCGUGAGUUCCUCUGGCAGGAGGGACACUCAGCUUUUCUUACGAAGGCUGAAGCCGACGAGGAGGUGCUAACAAUUCUUGAUCUUUAUGCCAAUAUUUACGAGGACUUGCUUGCUAUUCCCGUUGUACGAGGGAGAAAGUCUGAGAAGGAGAAGUUUGCUGGUGGGAAUUACACUACGACAGUUGAGGCUUACGUGUCAGCUAGUGGAAGGGCCAUCCAGGGAGGAACUAGUCAUCAUCUUGGACAGAACUUCUCGAAGAUGUUUGAGAUAUUGGUUGAGGGGGCGGAGGAGGGCAGUGAGAAGACUUUUGUCUAUCAGAAUUCUUGGGGACUCACCACGAGGACCAUUGGAGUAAUGGUGAUGGUACAUGGAGAUGAUAAGGGACUGGUGCUGCCACCGAGGGUGGCGAAGAUUCAGGGGAUUAUUGUACCCUGUGGUAUCACGGCGACAACCACUGUCGAGGAGAGGGAUAGGCUCAUGCAGGAGUGCAGGAAGCUCGAGGAGGAGCUAGGUGAGGGUGGGGAGAUUAAGAUUAAAGGGGAUUACAGGGAUAAUUAUAGUCCAGGGUGGAAGUUCAAUCAUUGGGAGCUGAAAGGAGUACCGGUGAGGAUUGAGAUGGGCUUCAAGGAUCUGGAGAAGGGGGAGGUUACACUUGUGAGGAGGGACAACUCGGAGAAGACGACCGCUAAGAGGAGCCAAGCGAAGAACGAUAUCAAGGAGCUGCUGAAGGAUAUCCACAGGAAUAUGUUGGCCAAGGCUACUGCUGAGCUUCAAAGCCACAUCAAACAAACAAAUAAUUGGAAUGAAUUCUGUAAACUGCUGGAUCAGAAGAACCUGUUGCUCUCACCUUUCUGUGGAGAGCCGAGCUGUGAGGAUCAAAUUAAAGCUGACAGUGCAAGGAGUGACGAGGAAGAGCCUGGUGCUCCAUCAAUGGGAGCCAAGAGCCUUUGUAUUCCCUUCGAUCAGCCUAAGGUGGCCCUGGAUUCAUUGAAGUGUGUUCAUCCAAAGUGUUCCAGGAAACCCAAGUUCUACACUUUGUUUGGAAGAAGUUAUUAAACUGAAGAGCACUAAAGAGACAAUUUUUUUCUUUAAAACAUAAACCAAGAGAACAAUGUGAAUUAUCAGCUUGAAUGGAAUUUAUACUAGUAAAUUGAGUAUCUUCCA